UUCUGGAAGUGGUCAGUGAAGCAGAGCUCCAGAGGGGGGCGGUGCUGCAACAUUAAAGGUGCAAACUUGAAGACAGAAGAAGAAGAAGAAGAAGCAGAAGCGGAAACAAGAAAACAGGAAUCAGCUGUCAACAACAAAAAAACAAGAGAAAGUAGCUAAAGUGUGAGCAACGGAGCAGAAAGAGAGAUGUGCAGACUUACCCGUGAGCUCUGAUUGAACACAGUGCGCGAAGAUGCCUGCAGUAUCCACCGGGGUCAAAGAGCUGUACCUGUCCACAUCUCUGGGAGACCUCAACAAAAAGGCUGAAAUCAAACCAGACAAGACGAGCACCAGGAGCUAUGUUCAGAGUGCCUGCAAAAUCUUCAAGGCGGCAGAGGAGUGUCGCCUUGACCGAGAUGAGGAGAAGUCUUAUGUACUGUACAUGAAGUAUUUAACAGUAUACGACAUCAUCAAGAAAAGACCAGACUUCAACCAGCAACUGGAGUAUUACAUGACCAUGCUUGGCCCAACCAGCAUUAAGAAAGCCUUAGAAGAAGCAGAGAAGCUCUCUGAAAGCCUUAAACUCAGGUAUGAGGAAGUUGAGGUUCGGAAAAAACUCGAGGAGAAGGAGAGACAAGAAGAGAAGAAAAGGAAAGAGGAAAUAACAGAGAAAGAUGCUGGUCGAGGCUCUCCGAAAACCUCCUCGGCAAACAAGAAGGACAGCAAAAAGGUAAAAGAACAGAAUGAACUGAAGAAUACAACUCCGAAAGCUGUGGUGCCGGCUGGUGGGAUCACAGCCGAGAAACUUUUCCACAUGAUGAAGGACCAGACGAUUGCGAUGAUUAUCAUGGAUGCCCGCAGCCACAAGGACUUUGAGGAGUCUCACAUGCAGGUCCCAGCCCAGACCUGCAUCUGCGUGCCUGAGGAGGCCAUCAGCCCAGGAAUCACUGUGAAUCAGAUUGAGGCAAAGCUCCCGGACAUGUCCAAAGACCAUUGGAGGCGGCGGGGAUUUGUGGAUUACAUAGUCCUGCUGGACUGGUUCAGUUCUGUCACUGACCUCAAACUGGGCACCAUCUUGCAGAGCCUCAAAGAUGCCCUCUUUAAGUGGGACAGCAUCACCAUCCUGCGUAGUGAGCCACUGGUGCUGGAGGGAGGCUACGAGAACUGGCUGUUGUUUUACCCCAUGUACACAACCAACGCUAAAGUCCGCCCCCCUAGACAGAAUGUUAUCAGCACCCUGCCUCAGUUGAACUUUAGCUACCCAUCCCUAGAGGAACCAAAGCCUCUGCCCCCACCUCAACCAGAGCCUGUUAUACCUGAGCCUCAGGAACCUUCUGCUCCUGUGCUGAUGAAUGGGGUUGCACCAGCAGAACCCCCCACGUCUAAAACCUCCAUGAUUACUGACAGGUUACCGGACACUACCGAUUCUCCUGUCACAGGCACCACAAAUUCUGGGUUAGACCUCAAUAAAAAGGGCUCAGGGACAGGCACAUCCAGCCAGUCACCUGGAACAGCCAAGGCCUUCCCACAGUUUGACCGUACCAAGAAACCCUCUGUCUGGGUGUCUGACGAGCCCAAGCCCAGCCAGAAUGGGUCAGCAAAGGACUCCACCCAGAAUGGCCCAGUUAUCCCCGACCGCUCAAACAAACCACCGUUCGCCACCCACACUUCUUUGUCUAAAGAGGAACAAAGUCAGAUCCACUCUGAGGCAGUGGCAGUGAUGGAGAAGGCGAGACAAGAGCAGGAGAAACGCAUACAGGAGCGUCGUUCAGAGGAGGAGAAGCGGAAGAAGGAGCUCAAAGAAAGACUAGAAAGGGAGGAAAGUGAUAAGAGGAGGAAGGAGGAGGAGGAGAAAGGACACCAGGAGAAAAAGAAACUCGAAAGGCAGAAGGCCGAAGAAGAGGAGGACAAAGAGAACAGAGUAUGGGAGGAGAAAGAGAGGAGGGGGAAGGAGCAGAGCUCUGACACGCCUCCAAAGAGUAUGUCUCUGGACUCGCCUGUUCCCAACCAUAUAGUUAAUGAAAUUAAGAGGGAGCCCCUGACCAGGGCGAGGAGUGAGGAGAUGGGCAGGAGUGUACCAGGCCUUCCAGACGGUUGGAUGAAGUUCCUUGACACAGUGACGGGGACCUACAGAUACUACCAUUCCCCAACCAACCGUGUCCACCUGUACCCUCCUGAGGUCACUGUUCCCCAGACCCCACCCUCCACACCGCCAACAGUCAAACAGAAACAACCACAGCCAGCUGAGCCGGACGCCAACCGCGAUCAAGAGCGGGAGCAGUCCAAACUGAAACGCUCCUACUCCUCCCCUGAUAUCAGCCAGGACCUGAGAGAGGAGGCCCAGAAGAAGGCCUCUGCCCCGACUACAGCUGCCGUCAUACCCACCAUCAACAGGGAGACCAAACCUCCCACCGCUAAAGUCUAUUCUAAAGUGGAGAUUACGCGACCGUCUGCUGCCAAACUUCGCAAUCUGAAUCCUACGUUCGGAGGUCUGGGUGCCUCACUCACUGGCCUUCGUAACAUGGGUAACACAUGUUACAUGAACUCCAUCCUGCAGUGUCUGUGUAACACCCGGUCCAUGGCUGACUACUUUAACAAUAAUAUGUACAUGGAGGACAUCAACAGGUACAACGUCCUUGGCCAUAAAGGGGAGGUGGCGGAGGAGUUUGGUGUGAUCAUGAAAGCUCUGUGGGCCGGUCAGUACAAGUGCAUCAGCCCGCGGGACUUUAAGAUCACCAUAGGCAAGAUCAACGACCAGUUCGCUGGCUAUGACCAACAGGACUCCCAGGAGCUGCUGCUGUUCCUCAUGGACGGGCUUCAUGAGGACCUCAACAAGGCGGACAACAGGAAGCGGUACAAGGAAGAGGAGAACGACCAUCUGGAUGAUCAGACAGCAGCUGACCUCGCGUGGAGCAAACACAAGCUGCUGAACGAGUCCAUCAUCGUAGCGCUGUUCCAGGGCCAGUUCAAGUCCACGGUGCAGUGUCUGACGUGCCAUCGCAAGUCACGGACGUUUGAGACCUUUAUGUACCUGUCGCUGCCUCUGGCCUCCACCAGCAAGUGCUCCCUGCAGGAUUGUCUCAGGCUGUUCUCAAAGGAAGAGAGGCUGACUGACAACAACAAGGUUUUCUGCAGACACUGCAAGGCUCACAGAGAUUCCACCAAGAAACUAGAGAUCUGGAAGGUUCCACCUAUUCUCCUGGUGCACUUAAAACGAUUCUCCUAUGAGGGUAGAUGGAAGCAGAAGCUGCAGACGUAUGUCGACUUCUCUUUAGAUGCUCUGGAUCUGACGCAGUAUGUCAUUGGACCCAAACAGAGCCUGAAGAGAUACAACCUUUAUGGAGUUUCUAACCACUACGGGGGUUUGGAUGGCGGCCACUACACAGCAUACUGUAAGAACAACAGCAAACAGCGCUGGUACAAGUUUGAUGACCACGAGGUGUCCGAAAUCUCCACCUCCUCUGUCAAGUCCUCAGCGGCCUACAUCCUGUUUUACUCCACCCUGUGAUGGCGCCAUAGGACACAUAGCGAGAACACUCCACCAGGGCAGCCGAGAAGUUGUUUUGUUUUUUUCCUUUUUAAAAAAAAUAAAAAUCACAGCUCUGCUGCCGCGCGUAGUCUGCGGGUUAACUAGUCCUGUAUGUGCACGCGAGGACAUUCUCGAGCGAGUGGCUUCGAGAUCCCGUCUGACGCAGAUCGGAGAAAGGUGCAGGCACACUGUGCAAUGCUUCAGCUACUAGAGGACCCUAUACCUGUUAAACAUGCCGUCUGUUCGUAUUACUGAUAAUGUAGAGACUAAACAGAUGCUCCUUGUACUCUGAUUUCUAUACCUUGAUGGUUGUGUUGUAGCACUGACAGACGAUUUCUGUUGCGUUCAGUGUGGAUGGCCGUAUCGCAGGACUGACCUUCAGCUUUCUUGUUCUGUGCAUACACCAGGAUUAACAGUUAAAUGGCAUGUACAUACUUACCAAUGCUGAUGUUGCACAUUUAAAAAAUGUAAAUACCCGAGGGCAAGGUGUUUAUCUGUUAAGUGACCAAAUUGUUUUUUUGUUUUGUUUUUUUUUCUUGAAAAGUAGCAGCCAUCCUAGUAUCACCAUAUUCAUAAUGAGAAACCAUGCGUUUUAGGGGUUUAACUCUAUAGCCUUCUGAUGUUUAACAUCGUCGUAAAGGGGACUGAAGAGACUGUGAGUGUUGAAUUUUGCAUUCUCCCCAAAGAGAGAAUAGGGAAUUGAGGUUGUCUGCUUGUCGCUCAUAUUAGCCACAUUCUUGCACUUACACAAUAUGCAAUCAUCAUAAGUUUUUUGUGUAUAACACAUUGGCAGACAUUAAUACUCGACUCAGAAUGCUUUAAAAUGAUGCUGACAUCUUGUCUGUCUUGCUUGAUUGAGCCAGUGACAGAAGAACCUACUCGCUUCUAUAAAGCUGGUUGUGGGAUUUUCUCUCUGAUAAACAUGCUUAACUCUCUUUACAUUAUUAUAUUCAACACAAAAAAAAAAAAUAUUUAGAGGAAAAAUUAUUGGGAUAACUUGGCAUCCUUCACGGCUUGUACCAAUGAUGCUGGUUUUGAAGGAGGCUGGAGUUUGAAAUGAUUUUAUUUGUGUGUUCUGUACUGACCUGGGAGAAUAUGAAGACUUGAGAAAUUGACCUUAUUCACUCACACAAAUCGGUUUGUGUCAACUUUUGCUGCCUGUCUUACUAACUGACCGACCGAACGACUGACUGACUGACGAGCAAGCACAAACUAUACUGAUGUGUUUUGUUGUUGUUUUUUCUGAAUGGACCAGAGAUCUGAGGUGACAAGAUUCGAGUCUCGACUUCCUGAGUAGAGUUUUAUUGCCUAGCAUGAGAUCAUAAUCAGUUUUCUUUUUACUUGUACAUGUUGAUUUUUAUUUCUUAAUGCUCUAAAUUUUCUUUCAGAUAUAACGAUUAUAUUAACCUCAAACAACUCCUAUGACUAUUUAUUAAAACUGCUUCAAAUUA